ACUUGGAAAUGACUAAAUUAGGAAUGCACUGACAUGGCGGGAGCGGCUCUGCUUCUUCUGCUGAUGCUUGCCACAGAGGCACCACACCCCUUUGCCAACCCUGUGGAGUGCCAAGCGAGCGAAUACCUGGAUGAGCAUGGGAAGUGCGCCCCCUGCAGGGAAUGUGGACCGGGACUGCAGCUUUCCAAAGAGUGUGGCUAUGGUGAAGGCGGUGACUCGCAGUGUGCGCCGUGCCAUCCCCGGAGGUUUAAGGACAGCUGGGGCCACCACGGCUGCAAGCCCUGCCUCUCUUGCAGCCUCAUCAACCGGAUCCAGCAGUCCCCGUGCACGGCCACCUCGGACGCAGCGUGCGGAGAGUGCUUCCCUGGUUUCUACAGCAAAACCCAGAUUGGAGGACUGCAGGACCUGGAAUGCAUCCCCUGCACGAAGCAGACCCCACCCUCAGAGCCACAGUGCCGUUCAAGAGUUAGCCCAGAGAAGGUAGAAAAUCCUGCCGGAGCGACCCUGGACACAGCCCUGGCGGUGCUCACCAGCAGUGCCUUGGUCAUCAUUGUGUUGGUCUCUGUCCUCUCCCUGCUCUGCUGCCAGCGGUUCUGGAAAAGCCAGUGCCAGCGUGUGCUCCUGCAGAGACAGGAUUUCUCUGGCCAGAGGGGGAUGUCUCAGGCUUCUGCGGGGCCAGCCAGAUUCUCCCACCACGAGCGACUGCCAGAUCCCUGCUGCUUGAGCGCCAAGAGCGUAACCCCCCGCCAUGGAUCCUUGGAAGGUCCUGCCGAAGCUGUCCGGUUCUUCUCCGGAGGCGAAGGGCUCAGGGUCCAUCUGCCGACUCAGCAGGCAGAUUGGGACUUCUCCAAACGGAUCACAGCCAGUCCCAAAGCCCCGCAGGCCAGGAGCCCCCUGGACACUCGGCCCCUGCUCCGGGACUCCAGGUGCAGCAACGGUUCUGCCGGGGGUUCUUCCUUCACGGAGCUCAGGCAGGACUCUGCCAGGGACCCUGACGACCCAGCGCCUCUCUCCUCCUGCGCCACGGAGAUGCAGCAUCCCUGGCCUCACAGCCCUGUGGAGUGCACGGAGCUGGAUCUGCAGGACUUCUCCACCCGGGCUGGGCUGCUGCACAGAGACGCUGCUGAGAGGACCCUGAGGGGCAGGACGGAGCUGGCCCCUGCC